GAAGGAAGGGUAUUCCAGUAAAUAAAGCAUCCGUAUCCGUAUGGUUAAGCUCCCUCUAAUGAAUCGCUUUCGUUUAUUCUAGUCUCUAUAUAUACGUAAGCUCGUCUUCCUCACAAAACAACACACACAACAACAACAACGGCAAAGAACAAUUUUAAAAACUUAUUUAAUCUUUUUCUCUUUUUUAUUUUUGAUAAGAAAACUUAUAAGAUUUUUUAGCAAAAAAAGAUAUGGGAAACAGUUUACGGUGCUGUUUAGCUUGUGUACUUCCAUGUGGAGCCUUAGAUUUGAUCCGAAUCGUACAUCUCAACGGCCACGUCGAUGAGAUCACUCGUCCAAUGACAGCCGGUGAGAUCCUUCAGGCGAACCCUAACCAUGUCUUAAGCAAACCAUGUUCUCAAGGAGUUGUACGUAAGAUCUUGAUCUUGUCUCCUGAAUCUGAGCUCAAGCGUGGGAGCAUCUACUUUCUUAUACCGGAUACUUCCUUGCCGGAGAAGAAGAAAGCAAAGAAGAAAAAGGAUGUCCAACGUCGGAAAAAGACUCUUGGAAACGCCAACGACAUCAAUAGUAAUCACAUGGUAAGUACUAGUAAUAAGGAUCUUGAUUUGACGUUGUGUGAGAAAUAUUUGGAAGAUGUUAUGUUGUCGUCAUCCGAGAAGAAAUGUUCGGCUGGUAAAGAGAACCGUCACCGUCGAAGACAUAGUCGGUCGGCGUCGGUGUCUAUGUGGCAGCCUCACCUUGAUAGCAUCUCUGAGGAUUUUAACUAGUGUUUUAAUGUUUUCAUUCUUCGUUAAUUCUGUCUCUAUUUUCUUAAUUUCUUAUUUCUUUUCAGAUCCGAAAAUAGAUUCUUAUUAACAUUCCCGGAGGGAAUAUUUUCAUUUUUUAAAUUUAUUUUGGUAUAUGAUUAAAAACAAAAAGCUUUUGUAAUGUACUAAUGUGGACAAGAUCUAUGUUAAAUCGGUAAUCUAAUUUUUAGUCUUCCGUGGCAAUGAGGACAAGAUCAUAUGAUCUUUAACUAUAUGCAUAUGUAAUUGGAUCACAGGACAGGAAUCGAAUUGUAAUACAAUUAAGGAUAGAAUUCCCAAAUACAAAACAAAACUUUUUUUAAAAGUCGAACCAAAUAAUACGAAAGGUAAAAUCGUGUGUGGGUGGGUAAAAAACAAUCAUUCGUGUGUGGAUGAGUAACUAAAUAGUUAAAUGUCAAGUAAUAAUGAAACUGAAUAGUUAAACUGAAACUGAAUCAUAAUUUUGGACCAACUAGUUAAAUCACUACAAGAAAACAAAGAGAUUCUGAUGGCCAAAAUCGUCGGAAGUUCGUCGGAAAAGGCCUAUUCCGACGCAUUUCUGACGAAGGCGUUCGUCGGUAUCAUUUCGUCGGAAAAAAAGAAUUCGUCGGAAUUUCGUCAGAAUUUCCGACGACUUUCUGACGAAUACCGAGAAAUAACAUUCUGACGAACUUCCGACAAUAUUCCGAUGCGGACACACGAGACUAGAGUUCAUCGGAAAAACUAUAUACCGACGGAGACGGAUCCUCCGAAGAUUCC